AUGAUCAAAUACCGAAAUCCAAACUUCCUCUCCGCCUCCUGCAUCAGCCUGGCUAGUUUGCCCGUGUCGCUGCCUUCCGGGAGCACAGCGUGCAAGCAGGCGAGCCCAACAAACCACCUUUGUGAGCGGCAGGCAGAAACCAGGCAGGGUCAUAAGGUUUGGGCUUCAAAUUUCAUGAAGGUAAACAUGGCAUCCGCCGCACAGAGAAAAGGGAGGAGUCCAAAACCAAAGCUUACUGAAGAUCAGAUCCAAGAGAUUCAGGAAGCCUUUGAUCUCUUUGAUGACGAUGGAACUGGGAUCAUAGAUGUCAAAGAACUUAAGGUGCCAAAGAGGGCACUUGACUUUGAACCCAAGAAAGAAGAGAUCAAGGAAAUGGCAAGCAAAAUUGAUAAGGAAAGGCCUGGGAAAGUGAACGCUAGUGACGUUUUGGCUGCUGUGACUCAGAAAAUGUCUGAGAAAGAUACCAGAGAAGAAAUCCCCAAAGCGUUCAAGCUCUUCAAUGAUGAUGAAACUAGAAAGAUAUCAUUCAAAACUCUCAAAAUGAUGUUCGAGGAGUUGGAUGAGAACCUUCCUGACAAGGAGCUUCAGGAAAUGAUUGAUGAAGCCGACCAAGAUGGAGACAGAGAGGUCAGUGAGCAGGAGGAGUUCCUGCGCAUUAUCUUCAGCCUUUAUUGA